AUGGUGUUUUGGUGUCUUAGUGUUUUGGUGGGGGAGUACCUCGACAAAACUGCCACUUACUCUGACAGCCAGCUGGUGGAAAGAGUAUGCGGCGGCCAACCGUCAGACUAUGGUACUAUUACCUCCUUGACCAAUUCCUCACCCGACCCUACUCCGAUCACAUUCGUCACGCGCCAGGGACUUCACUGUGUUUGCCACUCUCCCAAACCCUUGCCACCUGGUACUCCUGUACGUCAAGAUGUCGACUUUCGGCGUCGUUGGGACCACAUGCAACAACAUACAGGCCAGCAUUUGCUCUCUGCUAUCAUGGAUGGAUAUGAUGAUCUGGAGACACUUGGAUGGGGCAUGGGAGCAGGGAAUGAUAUGAGCUAUGUGGACGUGCCCCGAAAACCGUCCGACGAUGAAAUGCAAAGCAUUCAAGAGAACUGCAACGCUGCUAUACGACAAAACAUUGGGAUCACAGUCGAGACCCCUGACAACGCCAAAAGUGACAAGUUGCCUGAUGACUAUGACAAGGAAGGAGGAGUUGUCCGUGUUGUUAAGAUCGGAAAUCUCGACGCCAACACAUGCUGCGGUACUCACCUUCGUCAAACAUCGCAUAUCUCCCUCCUCCUGUUAGGUUCUACUCAGUCCGUCCACUCCACCAAGUGUCGUCUGUUCUUCACAGCGGGAGACCGAGCUAUCAACCUAGCCACAGCUUCUAUCCAUUCUGUCCGUUCUAUUGCGAGACUUGUGUCGUCAGCAACUACUCCUGCAGAAGUGCUCGCUAAUGUGAGUAAGGUGAAAGAGAAUGCUACGGAGUUGAAGAAGUCAGAGACGAAACUGCUCACGGACAUUGCAAAGUAUGAAGCGGAUCGUGUGAAGGCUGUUUUGAGCACCGGGAUGAAUGCAUUCGUUUAUCGUGCUGUGCAAGGAUUAGACUUCAUCAAUAUGGUUGUUGCUCAAGUCAAAGAAGCCGUUGAAGAGGGUGCAGUGCUUGUUUUGGCUUCGGGAGAGGGAACCAAAGGAGGUCAAAUCGUUAUCAUUGGGGACAAAGAUUCUGUCGAAGACUUUGCCACCAAGAUUAAGGAAGUGGUACCUGAAAUCAAAGGUGGUGGAAAGGGGGGAAGGUGGCAAGGAAAAGUGAUUGAAUGGCGGAAGGGCGAAUUGGAAGCAUUGAAGAAGCAAGCCAUCGGCUGA